CACCUAUAUGCGUGAUUUUCUGUUUCGGAGUUUUGAUGAUUAAAAUUUAUUAUUACUGAGCUGUUUGUUUGGCUAAACAAUGUUUUCAAUUGCGGGAAAUCAAACCAUGAAGCGUCUGCUUGGGGAAAAGAAAUUGGAAUUGGAUUACCAGGAGAAGGAAAAAGCAGAAAAGUUUCUAAAGGUUUUAAUUAAAAAGUUUAAAAAAGACAAGACUUUGGAAGAUUUAGAAAGCGCGAUUAAACACCAGACACAAGCCACAAAAUGUGUAACUGUUUCAAGAAUGGAAUGGCGAGCUAUGAUGAAUCAGCCAGAUGUUAUCACAACUUCUACUGGAGAGACAAUCAACACAAACUCUCCCGUUUUACCCCAUGUGUGGGCUUGUAGGUUUUGGAGGUGGCCGCACCUCAAGUCCGCUGUCGAGCUGCAGUCGUUAUCAGCAUGCAGCCAUGGAUAUGAGAAGAACAUGUCUGAGAUUUGCAUUCAACCUUACCAUUAUAACAAGAUUGAAACACCAGCGCUGCCGCCUGUUCUGGUCCCAAAAUCAACUGAGCCAAUACCAAGUAGGGACCAACUGCAAGCAAUUAACUUGGAGGGAAACUCUAUACCUAAAAACGCAACCUAUGUUGAUGGUUUGAAACCGCAAAGCUUUGGAAUUGCUGAAACCCCUCCACCAGGAUAUAUGAGUGAGGACAGUGAAGCAACCGACCAUGACCAUAGUGCUACAAACAGUCCUCACCCACCAGCGUAUAACUCAGAAACCGAGAUGAACUACCAGACAACAAUAUCACGGUCUUUGCUUGAUGCCCAACCAGUAGCAUACUGUGAGCCGCCAUUCUGGUGUUCCAUAUCUUACUAUGAGAUGAAUCUUCGAGUAGGCGAAACAUUCCACGCUUCCCAACCUUCUUUAACAGUGGAUGGCUUCACUGAUCCUUCGAAUUCUGAGCGAUUCUGUCUCGGCUUGCUUUCUAAUAUUAACAGAAACCAACAAAUUGAAUUGACAAGGAGGCAUGUUGGCAAAGGUGUACGUUUGUAUUACAUUGGUGGAGAAGUGUUUGCUGAGUGUCUUGGUGAAAGUUCUAUCUUUGUACAAAGUCCUAACUGCAACAAUAGAUAUGGAUGGCAUCCAGCUACUGUUGUUAAAAUACCACCAGGUUGUAAUUUGAAGAUAUUUAACAACCAAGAGUUUGCUGCUUUGUUGUCCCAGCUUGUAAACCAGGGGUUUGAAGCUGUGUACCAACUUACAAGAAUGUGUACCAUUCGUAUGAGUUUUGUCAAAGGAUGGGGUGCAGAGUACAGGCGUCAAACAGUAACUGCUACACCAUGCUGGAUUGAACUGCAUCUUAAUGGACCCCUACAAUGGUUAGAUAAAGUCCUUACUCAAAUGGGUUCUCCUGUAAUCCCAUGUUCAUCCAUAUCUUAAACCCAAUAUGCCACUACCCUACCCAUCAUAGUACAGUGCUCUGUCUCGUUUUUUGCUUCACCAAAUUUCAUGUACCCACUAUUGUAACCAAAACCAUACCCACACUUGCAAUUGUAUUUCUACCCUAAAACCACCACAGCGCAAAAUAUUUUAUGUUUACUACUAAAAAUUUAAUUUUUAUAUUGAUUUGAUUGGAAGUCCUUUAAAUUUUAAUUGACCUCCAAAAACUCCAAUAUUCGAAAAUCUAUUUUUAGCCAAAAUAACCAAAUAUUUUAUUUUAAAUUGCUUUUCUAAGAUAUUUAUUCAAAUCACAAAAUAAUUUAAAAAGUGCAAACAUUUUUCAACAUUGUUAGAUUGGAACACUUUUAAAAACCACAAAUUAUUAUAAAUGAACCUCCAAAAAAAUCAAUUUUUAAGCAAGUAAUUUAAAAUAUGACCUACCAAAAAUUACUUUUUAGUUAGAGUACUUUUCAUUAUUUUUUCUGUUUAUUUUCUUGUAAUGAAAUUCUGCAUUAACAAGACGAUUUUUGGCACAGAACUUUUUAGCAUGCUGGUAUUUUUGUGACUGAAUUGUAAAUAGGGGGUACCCAUGUUACCUAUUGUAUGCAGUUUUUAUAAACUGCCACGUUUGUGCCGCCCUUUUUUUCAUUGCACUUUUUACACGAUAAAGUUCAGAUAAGAGAUAAUCAUUUGUUUUGUGUCAUAAGAAUAUCAAUAGUGCCAUUACUGCUAAAUUCACAAUGUACAUUAUGUAACUAUGAAUUCGUUUUUGUUUGUAAAAUCAUUGUCUUACCAUAUGUUUAAGUCUAAAACUUUCAAGAAAUAGCUAUUUUUCCAAUAAAUCCCUCAUAACCUGUACUUAAAAUAAAAAAGUAGCUUUUAAUUGACGUUAAACUGGUUAACAGAUUGUCAGAUUGUUUAUACACUUGCUUUUGUUUUUACUGUGCCAUUGAAAUGUUGUAAAUAAAGCAUUUGUGCGCUA